AUGACUGGCCUAGAAAUCGUGUACAGGCAUGAUGGUGUUCUAAUUUCUCAGAGGAAGUUCACUUCUGAUCUCCUGAAGGAUUUUGAUGUGUUGAGUUACAAGGCCACUACAUCACCACUUGACUGCACUGAGAAGUUAACAGCCACAAAUGGCAAACUCUUAACUGAUUCUACUCAAUAUAGGAAGUUGGUUGGGAAGCUCAAUGUUCUAACUAAUACUAGAAUGGACAUAUAUAGUGUGCAACAUUUGAGCCAAUUCAUGCAAUCACCUAGGGAACCACAUUUGAAAGCAGCCUACAAUGUACUCCGAUGUUUGAAACAGGAUCUAACAAUGGGGAUUUUCAUUUCAAACAAGCCUGAUCUCACUAUCAGUGCCUAUUGUGACUCUGAUUGGGCUGCUUGCCCUAACUCAAGGAAGUUUGUUAGUGGAUACCUAGUACUUAUGGGAGACAGUCCUAUCAACUGA